UCCUUCCUCCCUUCCGGGGCGACGGUUGAUGAUGAAGCGAGCGGGGAGGCCUGAGGGGCAGAGGCCGGCAUGAGGAAUUUCAGGCGAUUAAAUGACUUCUUUGCUAGACUCCUGAAAAUAAACUAUUUUGGAAUGACUGCAUCAAAUACAUCACUCGCACCUGUCCGGGUACUUUGGAGCCAGUCUUUUGAUCAGCUGCCUGGCUGUCUCUCAGUAGCUCAGAGAAAUAAUUUCUCCACCAUGCCGCAGAUGCUGGACAAUAAAGCUGACCCCGACCUGUAUGUGCCUCAUCCCAGAGUACGUGGAAUGACCACCCUUGACCGAGCUGCUUUCACAAAGGAAGUGGUUGUCCCAGCGCUUAAGGUUAAAAAAGACAUCCUUCACAAACUGCUGAAGUCUCUCAAAAGUGUGCUGCUCAAGCGACCAGGUCUAAAGAGAGUAGCUGAUGAUCCAGAAGAUGAAGAUGGAAGGUUAAUUUUCCUCGAUCCUCAUAAAAUUCCUGCUGAAGGUUCACUGGGUGAAUCAGAGCAACAGGUCUUAAAGAGCUUUAACGUUAGCCCCGACAUAAUCAAGUACAACCUGGAGCUCACUUACGACCAUUUCAAGGUGGAAGAAAUUUUGCAAGCUGUACUACCUGAAGGUCAAGAAGUGAUCACUGCCUUUAGCAGAAUUGGUCACAUAGCGCAUUUGAAUCUAAGAGAGCACCAGCUGCCCUACAAACAUUUAAUCGGCCAAGUUGUCAUUGACAAGAAUCCAGGACUGACCUGCGCCGUAAAUAAAACCAAUAUCAUAGAAGGCGCCUAUCGAAACUUUCAAAUGGAGGUGCUAGCUGGAGAGGAAGGCGAUAUGAUAACAAAGGUUAAAGAACAUUACAUAUCAUAUGAAUUUGAUUUUUCCAAAGUCUACUGGAACCCCCGCCUCUGUACAGAACACUCGCGCAUCGUUGGCCUCUUAAAGCCGGGAGACUUCCUCUUUGACGUCUUUGCAGGGGUGGGGCCUUUUGCUGUCCCUGCGGCGAAGAAGAACUGCGUUGUGUUUGCAAAUGACCUCAACCCCGAAUCCUACAAAUGGCUGCAGCACAACUGCAAGCUAAACAGAGUGGACAAGAAAGUCAAAGUCUUCAACAUGGACGGCCGGGAUUUCCUGGAAGGGCCAGUGAAGGAAGCACUGGCUCAGCAGCUCUCCUCGAAGGAUCGGAAGCACUCCCUGCACAUCGUCAUGAACUUGCCAGCCAUGGCGAUUGAAUUCCUGGAUGUCUUCAGGCACCUUCUGUCCGGAGAGCCAGGAACCACUGACCUUCCCACGGUCCACUGCUACAGCUUCUCCAAGCAUGAUAACCCUGUGCAAGACGUGCAGGAAAGAGCUGAAGCCUGCUUGGGGACUUCCUUGGAGGGAUGCUGUUCCGUGUUUCUGGUGAGGAAUGUGGCACCCAAUAAGGAAAUGAUGUGCAUUAGCUUCCGCAUCCCAGCCGAGGUGUUGUACCAGGUGCAGCCUUCCACGGCAGGUGCAGAUAACCUCCAGGAACCAGCCUCCAAGCGCCUCCGCCCAUACGAAGAGUUGCUGGAAGAAAAAAUGACAGAGGCUGUUUAGGAGUCCCGACAUGUUAAAAGAAGGCCAAGCGACACUUGGGUUCUGUCCUUCAAGGUGGGCAUGCUUGUAAGAAGAAUUGAUGCUUGCCUCUGAAAAGUUCAUGCUGCAGCAUCGCUUUGUUUUUUCCAGCUCCAUCCAGUGGAGGGGUCCAUUUCUUUUACUUGAAAGAAGAUUAAAUUUUUAUUUUCCUA